AUGAGCUCACAAGCCCAGGCGGUCCCAGAGGACCCCCUGGCCGAGCUCAUCACCACCUACAACGAGCUCAACGGCGCCUUCAUCAAAGAGCUGGACGAGGAGCCGAGUCCUCUCGAGUUCAUGCGCUACGUCGCUCGCAACACACCCUUUGUCGUCCGCGGCGCGGCGUCCUCAUGGCAGUCGAAUGAGACGUGGGAUAGAGAGUAUUUGCUGCGCAUGUUUAGAGAUCAGACUGUCAAUGUUGCCAUGACGCCUUUUGGUAAUGCAGACGCUCCAACCGAGCAUGAAGGAAAUGUCGUUUUCGCAAAGCCACACGAGGAGGACCAGGAUUUCGAAGAGUUUCUCAACUAUGUAAUCAACCAAGAAAAGAGCAAAGACUCGGCCUCAGAAGUCAGAUAUGCUCAAACACUAACUAACACUCCACCCCCCAAAGAAAACGAUAACCUCCGCAACGAAUACCUCCCCCUCUUCACCCACGUACCUCCCUCAAUCCCAUUCGCCCGCAUCGCCCUCGACCGCGACCCAGACGCAAUCAACCUCUGGAUCGGCGCCUCCCGCUCCGUCACAGCCCUCCACAAGGACAAUUACGAAAACAUCUACGUCCAGGUCCGCGGCCGGAAACACUUCGUCCUCCUCCCGCCCUGCUGCCACCCCUGCGUCAACGAGACGGCCCUCGCACCCGCGACGUAUUCUCGUCGUCGUCGUUGGGGCGAAGGAGAAGAAGACGCUGGCGAGCUGGUGUUGAAUCUCGACCGGGCCAAAGGUAGUGAAGCAGAAGUAGAAGAUGGAAAAGGCGAAGAAGAAACGACAAGACCAGAUCCCAUCCCCUUUGCGACGUGGGAUCCGGAUCAGCCGCAGGUCAACGCGACGCCCUACUCUCACCUCGCAGAGCCCGUCCGCGUCACGCUGGAGCCGGGUGACAUGCUCUACCUCCCCGCCAUGUGGUACCACAAGGUUUCCCAGUCCUGCCCGGAAGACGAAGAAGGCUUCGUUCUCGCCGUCAACUACUGGUACGACAUGGAAUUCAGCGGACCGUUAUACCCCCUCAGCGCCUUUGUGAAAAACGUCAGUCUCCAGACAGCACCGGCAGUUUCACAAGGCAAGAGAACAUAGAUAAAGACAGGCAUCGCCUGAGCAUCUGAAAUAAGUAGUACUUUCGCCUUGGUUGAGUCUCUUCUCAAUACUAACGUAGCCACUUCCGCCAUAUGUACAUUUGUGGUUGUGUUUGUGUGCGGAUAUACGCCCAGAUUACCUAGAAAGGGUGGCGUGGCUCUCUGCCUCGCUCACUUUAGAGAGGCAUUUCUUUUCCUCAUCGUUCGUCUCUUCCUCCACCAGAUCUCGGGGGCCGAUGUGAAGCUCUGGACUUCACCAGGCCCAAGUGUGUUGAUGAAGAAGCCCCCCUUCCACCCAAUAUGAACGCCAGCUAUCCGAAGUGAAUCAUGAUACACUAGUUUUUUUUCCCCCCACCUUACCC